AUGUCCAACUCUCUCGACCAGCUAAAGGCCUCUGGCACGGUCGUUGUGUGCGACUCCGGUGAUUUCGCAACCAUCGGAAAGUACAAGCCUCAAGAUGCUACCACAAACCCCUCCCUCAUCCUUGCCGCUUCCAAGAAGGCCGAAUACGCCAAGCUAAUUGACGCUGCUGUCGAAUACGCCAAGGGAAAGGGUGGUGACAUCGACAACCAAGUUGAUGCUGCUCUUGACCGACUCCUGGUUGAGUUCGGCAAGGAAAUUCUAAAGAUCAUUCCCGGCAAGGUCUCCACUGAGGUCGACGCCCGAUUUUCCUUCGACACCAAGGCUUCGGUCGAGAAGGCCCUACACAUUAUUGACCUAUACAAGGAGCAAGGCAUCUCCAAGGACCGCAUCCUAAUUAAGGUUGCCUCGACAUGGGAGGGUAUCAAGGCUGCUGAGAUCCUGCAGCGUGACCACGGUAUCAACUGUAACUUGACUCUCAUGUUCUCGACUGUCCAGGCCAUUGCCGCCGCCGAGGCCGGUGCUUUCCUCAUUUCUCCCUUCGUCGGCCGUAUUCUUGACUGGUACAAGGCCGCAACAAAGAAGGAGUACGCCAAGGAGGAUGACCCCGGUGUCAAGUCCGUCCAGGCUAUCUUCAACUACUACAAGAAGUACGGCUACAAGACCAUUGUUAUGGGUGCCUCUUUCCGUAACACUGGUGAAAUCACCGAACUGGCUGGCUGUGAUUACCUAACAAUCUCCCCCAACCUACUUGAGGAGCUUCUAAACUCUUCCGCUGCUGUCCCCAAGAAGCUCGAUGCCUCCGCCGCUACCUCCCUUGACAUCGCCAAGAAGACAUACAUCAACGACGAGGCGCUAUUCCGCUUCGACUUCAACGAAGAGCAAAUGGCCGUCGAGAAGCUACGUGAGGGUAUUAGCAAAUUCGCUGCUGACGCCGUCACUCUAAAGGACAUUAUCAAGAAGAAGAUCUCGGCGUAA